AUCGCCCGCCAUGAGUUCCCCAUACCCAAACUUCCGCCGCCGCGACCCUUACCGAUCCCCCAUGUCAACUCGGACGGCCGGUUGACAUCUCCGCUACCGUCGCCUGCGCGCGGCGGUGACGACGACGACGACGACGACGGCGAGGAAGGGCAUUCGUCACCCCGACCGCCGAUAUAUCAGCAGCUCGAACCGGGACAGCUCCCUCAGCAGCUGGAGGCGAUGCUAACCGGCAUCACGUCUCACCUCGAGACCUUCAAGACGCACCCGCCGCAUACAAUCCAGCGGCUGUCGGAGCUCCUGCUGCAGCCGCGCAGGCACUACAAGUCCCUGACGCCGUACCUCCACGCCUUCGACCGCGUGGUCAUGGUGACGUCCGGGGCGGACACGUACCCGCUGCCGCCGGCCGACCUGUCGACCAACGGUAGCUCCGACCCGGCCGCUUCCGUAGCCUGGAGCAACCCGACGUCUGGUUCACUCGGGUCGGACGAGGCCCUGGGUGGCGCCCUGCUCACGCCGAUCCCAUGGCUCCCGUCCAACAGGAGGGACUCUCUAUCGAUGGAUGAUGACAAUAAUGAGGAAAAUGAUGGUGAUGGAGCGGCGGCGCAGAUCCACAGCGAGAGCACGGAGAAGAUUGAAGGCCCGAACGGCAUGGGAAGCAUGGAGACGGUCUCAGUCAGCGUCAACGGGGUACCCUCUACCGGUCGCGCGGUCAGGGGUAUCACCCAAGGUGAGCUCCUGCGCCAGGAGCAGUGCGCCGGUGUCGUACCCGUCAGUCAGCUGCCGCGCACGCAACAGCAUGCGGAGAAGCGUGACGUCGUCGGCCGGGAUCGCCGAAGCAAGGAUGACGGCGACGAUGACGACGAUGACGAUGACGACGACGACGACAGUGAAGAUGAUGGCGACGGUCACAUGUCCGAGGAUAGAGAAGGAGGACUAAAAGAAGUAGAGGAACAAGAAGAGGAGGAGCCUCAUGCGAGGGGACCGGAGGAGAUUGGCGUCAACGAUACGGGCCCCCAGAGCGCAACGGCAAGUCAACUUGCCGGACAGGGCGGUCUUGACACCCAGGCUAUCGACGUCGAGGCCGCGGUGGGUAGGAAACACGACGACGACGACGACGACGACGCCGACGACGACAACGCGUCCGCCUCCUCGGCCGUGGCGGGGUCUAAGCGUGAGGCUGAUGAGGCUGGUGAGCCGGUCAGCAAGGUUCAAAAGGUUGAGAGUGGAGGGGAAGAUGAUGUCGACAUGGACAAUUGA